AUGAUUUUACGGUCAAGAGAUAUUAGUGGUGGCAGGUGUAGUGGUGGUCCGAUAUGGAGUGGGGCAGAACAAGAUGAGAUCGCAAUCGUGAUCUUCUCAGAUCCAAGACGGUGCUACCGUUGUGCGGCCCCUGGUGGCCCUGGAGUCAGUGGUAGUAGCGGUGCUAGUUGUAGCGGCCCGGGUGGACCCUAUCUGCUGUGUGUGGUGACAGCGGUAGUACUGUGUCUGCUGGUUACCAUAGUAACGUCUACAGGUGACACUGGCCAGCAGAGAACUCGUUCGAACGGCGGCGGCGGUAGAGGAUCGAACACUGGGAACGAGAGUAAAAAUAGUGGCGGCGGUGGUGGUGGGAGUGGUCGUGGUGGCCGAGGAGGUGGUGGUGGUGGUAAUGACAUUAUGUUAGAUCUAGACAAACUGGCUGCACUCGGUGACAAGGACAAACUGCUGUCCAUGCUGAAAGAGAUUGCCAACUCCAUCCACAAAUGCGGUGUGAGGGAAGUACCUGCGCUGAGGCGAAACUUCAUCACCAACCGUACGGUUACCUGUAAUGAUGGCUCACCUGCCGGAUAUUACCUAAGACGGUCUUUUGGAAGCUUUAAAUGGAUUAUCUUUUUAGAAGAUGGUUGGUAUUGUUUCGAUAAACACAGCUGCCAAAGCCGAUGGGUAACCAUGAAACCUUACAUGAGCUCAAAACACUGGCCGGAAGUUAAAAAAGGCAGUGGUAUCACUUCAUGGGACCCAGAAGAGAAUCCUUAUUAUUACCAUGCAAAUAUGGUAUAUGUUCCUUAUUGCUCCAGUGACUCAUGGACAGGAACUUACAAAGCCACAAGCAAAGAAGAUUUCUCGUUCAUGGGUUCGUUGAUAAUAGAAGAGGUCCUCAAAGAUCUCUUGGCUCAUGGCCUUGCCAAAGGAAAAAAGUUGAUUUUAGCCGGAAGCAGUCUGUGGAAUGGUCGGCUGCCAAGAAGAUGUGCAGGUCGCUAUACCGAAAGUGAAAAGUGGCGCUGUUACUUUGGAUAUCGCCUCUACCCAACACUGAAAACUCCGGUUUAUAUUGUCCAGUUCAUGUUCGAUGUGGCUCAAUUGACCGCUGACAAUGUUGGUCCACCCGUCCACAAGGAACAAUGGCAGUAUAUUCACCAGUUGGGUCUCGACAUCAAAGAAUCCUUGAAGAAUGUUUCUGCAGUGUUUGCUCCUGCAUGCAUGUCACACAUUAUGUUAAUGAAAAGAGACUGGAAUCAAGUAACUGUCGGCCAAGUCACUCUUCCACAGUCGAUUUAUUGCUGGGAGAGCAGUAAGUCACAACGGAAAGGCUACAGGUGCCGCGGAGGCAGUGGCAAAAGACGACACCGUCGCAAGCAGACGACAACGUCACAGCCAUCUGUAAGCAAAAGCCCUCUCAAUGAAUCCACGUCAGACAAUCCUUUGGCAGAUGCUCCGAAACAUAAGAAAAAACGAAAGAAGAACAAGAAAAGACGGCGAAACAGAAGGAAAAGGAAGAGAAAAAAUAAAGGAAUGAGAGAAAGACGUUCCUUGAAGCCCUGGUUGGACAAUAUUCCAAACGAAAUAUGCCGCCGUCGUCUGGUGGACAGCUGCCAGUGGCCACAGUGUAACUCGGCCUGUCCGAAACUGGUGAACCCACUGACGGGUGUUGAAGUUGAUGUGGUCGACUUAUUAGUGCAGCUAGGAAUUGAACCGGCAGCCUUUGCCAACACACUGGGCAUCGACAUCAAUCGGCUUCAUACGAUGAGCCACGACAAACUCAUUCGGCGUUUGGCUCAGUGAAUAGAAGACUAAAUACUAUCUACAUUUAACACAUUAUUGCCCAUACACAUACACACACACACAUAUAUAUACAUAUAUACAUACAUACAUGUAUAUAUAUAUAUAUAUCCACACACA